UAUGUUAGCCCCGCCCCUCAUCAGCGCUUGUUUUCAACAGGAAUUUUCUGCGUUAGUUGAUUUUAAACUCAGUUGUAAUGUGUUUUAUCGAUGUUUUCGGUUUGAGGUUUAGUAUUUCGGUGAUAUUUUAACAGCCGUGGUGUACUAUAAGCGCAGCUGGCAGAAGCGAGUCUCGGAGGUCUUAGUUUUCGUCUUGAGUAUGAGUACAGCAUGAGGAGGCGUUUAGAGGAUCAGGAGUCAGUGUUCACCCCACAACAGCGCCGGCUUCCCGGCAGCGCUGAGGGCUUCCAGCACAGAGUUCUUGCCCCAGCGCCUGCCGUAUUCGAGGCUGUGGCUGACGGCAUGCAGCCUACUCCAGGAAUACAGUACCCGGUUCCCCAGGCAUACCAGGUGUCCACAGUGGCCCAGAGCUCAAGUGGUCACAGUCACACACCCAGUCCUGCCGCGGCUCACAGUGGCGCUCACCAUCAUGGUCCGGCGGCGGUCCAGGCCCACGGUCCAGCGCCGGUGCAGGGCCACAGUCACCCACCCACCCCCUCCCCAUCCGCACAGGGGCAGCAGCAGUUCCAGAGACUCAAGGUGGAGGACGCCCUGUCUUACCUGGACCAGGUGAAGCUACAGUUUGGCAGUCAACCACAUGUCUACAACGAUUUCUUGGAUAUCAUGAAAGAGUUUAAGUCUCAGUGUAUUGACACCCCGGGCGUAAUCAGCAGGGUGUCGCAGCUCUUUAAGGGUCACCCCGAUCUCAUUAUGGGGUUUAACACGUUUCUUCCGCCGGGAUACAAGAUUGAAGUUCAGACCAAUGACCUGGUUAACGUGACGACACCCGGUCAGAUCCACCACAUCACACCUCACGGCAUCUCCGUGCAGAACAUCCCCACCAGACCACCUCCUCCGCCUCCGCCGCCGCCUCAGCCGCCUCAGCUGCAGAACCAGAUCCCCACAAACCCUCCCAGCCUGGCCUCCACACCUCCCGCCCAACCCACGCCGAAAACCAAGCCGCUGCAGUCUCCAGCUCUCACUCCCAGCAGUCAUCCCAAUCCGUCCAUCCCUCCCUACGCGUCCCCUCGCUCGCCCCCGCUGCAGCCCCACACCCCGGUCAACAGCAUGCCGACCGCUCCGCCGCUGCAGAACAACCAACCCGUGGAGUUCAACCACGCCAUCAGCUACGUCAACAAGAUUAAGAACCGCUUCCAGGGCCAGCCCAACAUCUACAAAUCCUUCCUCGAGAUCCUGCACAAGUACCAGAAGGAGCAGCGUAAUGCUAAAGAAGCGGGCGGGAGUUACACCCCAGCCCUGACUGAGCAGGAAGUUUACGCUGAGGUGGCCCAACUUUUCAAAAACCAGGAAGAUCUGCUCUCGGAGUUCGGACAGUUUCUACCAGACGCCAACAGCUCUGUGCUGCUGAGCAAGACGACAGCGGAGAAGGCAGAGUCUGUGCGUAAUGAUCAUGGGGGAACGGCUAAGAAACCACAGCUCAAUAACAAGCAGAGGCCCAAUCAGAACGGCUGCCAGAUACGCAAGCACUCAACGACAGCCGUCACCCCGCCCGUGAAGAAAAAGCUCAAGUUAAUGAAUAUCAAAGAUUCAUCCGUGGCAGAGUCUGGCAAACACGGUGGAGGGACAGAGUCUCUAUUCUUUGAAAAAGUGCGGAAGGCUUUACGAAGCUCUGAAGCAUAUGACAACUUUCUCCGGUGCCUGAUCAUUUUUAACGAAGAGAUAAUUUCUCGUGCUGAGCUGGUUCAACUUGUGGUUCCAUUCUUGGGCAAAUUUCCUGAGCUGUUCACUUGGUUUAAGAACUUCCUUGGAUACAAGGAGAUGUCCCACGUGGAGAGGUACCCCAAAGAAAGAGCCACAGAAGGCAUUGCCAUGGAUAUCGACUACGCUUCAUGUAAGCGUCUUGGCUCUAGUUAUCGAGCUUUACCGAAGAGCUACCAGCUUCCCAAAUGCACAGGAAGAACAGCGGUCUGUAAAGAGGUGCUGAACGAUACGUGGGUUUCCUUCCCCUCCUGGUCUGAGGACUCGACCUUCGUCAGCUCCAAGAAGACUCAGUACGAAGAGCACAUGUACAGGUGCGAGGACGAGCGAUUCGAGCUGGACGUCGUUUUGGAAACCAUCCUCGCUACCAUUCGCGUGCUGGAGGCGGUUCAGAAGAAGCUGUCCCGAAUGUCUGCGGAAGAUCAGGCCAAAUUCAGGCUGGACAACACUCUGGGCGGCUGCUCGGAGAUCAUCCACAGGAAAGCCAUCCAGAGGAUAUAUGGAGACAAAGCUCUGGACAUCAUCGACGGACUGAAGAAGAAUCCGGCUGUGUCUGUUCCCAUUGUACUGAAGAGACUGAAGCUGAAGGAGGAAGAGUGGCGCGAAGCUCAAAGGGGUUUUAACCAGAUCUGGCGAGAGCAGAACGAGAAAUACUACCUAAAAUCUCUGGACCAUCAAGGCAUUAACUUCAAACAGAACGACACUAAGGUGCUACGCUCGAAAACACUUCUCAACGAGAUCGAGAGCAUCUUUGACGAGCGGCAGGAACAGGCUUCGGAGGACAGCAGCGCGUCUCCGAGCGGGCCUCACCUGACGCUGACUUAUGAGGACCGUCAGAUUCUGGAGGACGCGGCGGCGCUAAUCAUCCAUCACGUCAAACGCCAGAGCAGCAUCAACAAAGAGGACAAAUACAAGAUUAAACAGAUCAUCUACCACUUCAUCCCCGACAUGCUGUUCUCCCAGAGAGGAGUGCUGUCGGACGCUGAGGAAGACGAGGAUGAGGAAGACAUGGACCACGACGAGGGGGCGUCCAAGAAGCACAACGGGCUAGCGGGAGGCGUUAGCGGCAGCCCGACAAAGUCCAAACUGCUUUUUAGCGCGUCUGCGGCUCAGCGGCUGCGCUCCUGCGAAGACGCGUAUAAUCUGUUUUACGUCAAUAACAACUGGUACAUCUUCCUGCGGCUGCAUCACACCCUGUGUUCGCGUCUGCUGCGGCUUUAUACGCAGGCCGAGAGACAGAUCGAAGAGGACCUGAAGGAGCGCGAGUGGGAGAGGGAGGUGCUCGGGCUCAAGCGCGACAAAAACGACAACACUGCCGUCCAGCUGCGUCUGAAAGAGCCCAUGGAUAUAGAUGUGGAGGAUUAUUACUCGGCGUUUCUGGAGAUGGUGCGUAAUCUGCUGGAUGGGAAUAUGGAGGCGUCUCAGUACGAGGAUUCGCUCCGAGAGAUGUUCACCAUUCACGCCUACAUAGCCUUCACCAUGGACAAGCUCAUCCAGAACAUCGUCAGACAGCUCCAGCACAUAGUGAGCGAGGAGAUCUGUGUUCAGGUCACUGAACUGUACCUGAGUGAGAGCAGCCACUCGGCCACAGGUGGAUCUCUGCUCACACAGAGCAGCAGGGCCCCGACAGAGGCGUCUUACCAGCGCAAAGCUGAGCAGCUCAUGUCCGAUGAGAACUGCUUUAAGCUGAUGUUCAUGAAGAACCAAGGGAACGUUCAGCUCACUGUGGAGCUCCUGGACACAGAAGAGGAGAGCUCAGACGGCCCAAUGGAGAUCGAGCGCUGGUCAGAUUACGUUGUGAGGUAUCUGUCGGCUGAUUUCUCAUCUCCAGACCUGAGGGAUCAUCUGUCUCAAAAGCCUGUGUUUCUGCCAAGGAACCUGCGGCGGAUCCGUAAAUGUCAGCGCGGCCGUGACUCUCAGGAGAAGGAGGUGAAGGACGGAGGCAGGAAGGAGAACGCGGACAGCAUGAAGAUGGAGUGCAUGUUCAAACUCAACUCUUAUAAGAUGGUGUACGUCUUUAAGUCUGAAGACUACAUGUACAGACGCACCGCUCUGCUGAGAGCCCACCAGUCUCACGAGCGAGUGAGCACACGUCUACACCACCGCUUUCAGGCCUGGACUCAGCGCUGGGUGAAAGAGCACGUGACCAGAGACAUGGCCGCCGAAACCAACCGGUGGCUUACGGGAGAAGGCCGGGAGGGACUGGUACCCUGCUCCACCACCUGUCACCCCGAGACCCUUCACUUCCGGCGCAUUAACAAGUUCAGAGUCCAGUACGACUCCGCGCACAAGAGCCCGUGACAAAAAGGGGCGGAGCUCAGCCACGACGUGAGAUUUUCAGCAGUGUUUUCGUUUUCCUCCUCUUAUAAGCUGUUCCUGCAGAAACGCGGGUCUCCCAGUGCCAAAAAAAAAACCACACAGGGUUGACCUGUCAGUCAAACCCGGCCCGGACCAAUCAGCACAGCUCUUACCGUAAAACCAGCCCACCUAUCGAAUCCCAUUCGCUGGGGUUUUCGUAGUUAAAACUUCACAGGCAGCAGAUCCGAGAAAAAGUGGCGGACAAGUCUGAAUCAGACUUUUUGCGAAAACAAACAAACAAACAAAAAAAAUCAAAAGCGUUUCGGGAUAAGUGCACUUAACUUUGACUUUGAGAGAUUUAUUCUGCCACAUCAUUUCAGAGAACAAAGAUCUGAAGUGCGAAUUUAACGUUGUAAUAUUAGAACGGGGGAAAACUCGGUUUUUACUUAAAAAAAAAUAAAGGCAAAAAAAUUGAAUGCGACAGCAAUAAAAAUCCAAGGCGUGUUAUGAAUCAGAAAACACUUGUAUCCGCUCCGUACACCAGCUUUCAGUGAACAUGACCUGUGAAUCUCACACACACACACACACACACACACACACUUAGUUCAACAGUUUUGUAAAUACAGUGUAAAUAUCACAAGACCUUUUUUAUGCCAGAUGUGUGUUGUGUUUAGUGCUUCAGUGUGGCGUUUAUGGAGAAGAAAGCGGGAACCACAUGGAAAACUAUUGAGGGGAUGGUUUAUUACAGUUUUUACCAAAGGGAGUCGAAUAUUAAGGUUCUGGUUUGUUUUCUUUCUCCUUUUAUGCGUUUCCUUUUUGCUCUUCUAUUUUGUCUUCCUUUUUCUUUUCUUUUUUUCCUUUUUAGUUAGUAAAAAAUUUAAUUUCGCAAAGUAGAAAUGUAUCCAGGUUCUUGUUUUUGCAAUGGAAGUUUUUAUAAAAAAAAAAAAAGCAUUUUAAUUUUUGAAGUUUGAAUAUGGAUCUCGUUUCUGUACACUUUUAUCACUGAGCAUUUCGGAUAGACCUUCAGCCGUGUCCUCUGGCAAAACACACCCAGACACAACUCUUAUGAAUGUAAAGGUCUUCUUUAUCGUUGUCAGAGGUUUCAGUCUUCACUCUGGAUAGAUUUCUGCUGGACAAAUCUAAAUAUAAAUAUAUAUACACAUUUUAAAAAUGAGUCACAAAGCAUGUCUUUUCUGUGGAUCAUUAUAGACCCUUUAUUUGCAUAUUAUUUAAAUUAAUAAAAAUUACAUUUGUAGCAUAAA